UGUGUGUGUGUGUGUGUGUGUGUGUGUGCGCGUGUUUUCUUUGAUUUGUUGGGGGUUCGAGAUUAAAUGGACCCCCGGCUGACUUGGAUUCAACCCGAGCAGAAAGGACCAGCGAACGCGUUGUGGAUGCACAUCUGGGAAACCUCGCACGGUUCCCGGAGCAGCUCCCACCCCAACCCUCGGCUGAACCCGGCCAUGGCGCCCGGGCUGGUGAAAACCAUCUCCAGCUCCUCCAGCUGCCUCAGCCCGCAUCCCGUCCAGGUUUCUCCAGGCUUCAUCCUUCAACCUCCGUUUGAUCACUGCAGCCUGACCGCUGCCCUCAGCAGCACCUGCACAGGAGCGAGCAAGCAGAGCGUUUCUUCUCCCAAACAUGGCUCCAUGUCUCCAUCCUCCUCCUCCCUGGACUCUGAGACGGACAGUCCCAAAUCAGACUCGUGUGACAGCACAAGCAGCCACCACCCUCACCCUCACCCCCAGCCCAGGCUCUUCUUCAGCUUCAACGAGCAGCUGCAUAACAUCAAUGAUUACAUGCAUCUCCAAGCACAUCUUCACCAACACAAUCACCAUCAUCACCGGCACCCGUCCCAAAACUUAACUCAAGUGCCCGAACACCACCACCUCCACCACCACAACCACCACCUUUCAUCCAAGAAGAAGGUGGACAACAAGGCCAGCACUUACCUGCUCUCCAACGGGAACCUCUUCUGCACCGGGACGCCGUGGAAGACCAGGAGAUACAGUCCAGGAGUGAACGGCCUUCAUGAAGAGAUUGUGGACUUCUACACCUUCAUGUCCCCGAGACCUGAGGAAGAGGCCAUGCGGAGAGACGUCGUGAACCGAAUCGAGAGCGUGAUCAAGAACCUGUGGCCUGCAUCUAGCGUCCAGAUCUUCGGCAGCUUCAGUACCGGACUUUACCUUCCGACCAGUGACAUUGACCUGGUGGUGUUUGGGAAGUGGGAACGUCCUCCUCUACAGCAGCUCGAUCAGGCUCUGAGGCAGCAGAACCUCGCCCAGCCGUUCUCCAUUAAAAUCCUGGACAAAGCCACGGUUCCCAUCAUCAAGCUGACGGACCGAGAGACGGAGGUGAAGGUGGACAUCAGUUUCAACGUGGAGACGGCGGUAAAGGCGGCACGCUUCAUCAAGGACCACUUAAAGAAGUACACGGUGCUCCCGUACCUGAUCUUCGUGCUGAAGCAGUUCCUGCUGCAGUGGGACCUGAACGAGGUGUUCACAGGAGGCAUCAGCUCCUACUGCCUCAUUUUAAUGGCCAUCAGCUUCCUGCAGCUCCACCCCCGGAUCGACUGCAGGGCCACCAACAUCAACCUGGGCAUCCUGCUGAUAGAGUUCUUCGAGCUCUACGGCCGCCACUUUAACUACCUGAAAACGGGGAUCCGUGUGAAGAACGGAGGAGCCUACCUCGCCAAGGAGGAGAUGAUGAAGGCCAUGAGCAGUGGCCACAGACCCUCCAUGCUGUGUAUUGAAGAUCCAAACCUGGCAGGUAACGACGUGGGCCGCAGCUCGUACGGAGCCCUGCACGUGAAACGCGUGUUCGAUUACGCCUACAUCGUCCUGAGUCACGCCGUGUCCCCCCUCGCCCGCUCCUACCCCAACAAGGACAACGACAGCACGCUCAGCCGGAUCCUCAGACUCACCCAGGAGGUGAUCACCUACAGGGAGUGGAUCAUCCAGAAGUGGGGCGUACGACACAACGCCAGAAUCAACCGCUGCAUCUCCCAGUUCAGCGGCGAACCCGAGGAGCAGCAAAGAGACUCGGCGUCUCCACAAAGUGCCGAUUCCCUCAUGUCUCUGUCCAGUCCACAGCAGCACUCGUCCUCCUCGUCCUCAGCCUCGUCCGUGUCCUCGCUCUCAGGAAGUGACAUCGAUUCCGACUCCGUUCCAUCCGGACCUACAGCACCGCCGCAAACGUUUCCAGCGUUCCCUGUGCCCGGUGCUCCUCAGAAGCCUCAAAGCGCAACAACCCUGAACCAUGAAACCACAUCCUCUAACGCACAGGUGCGGAAGCCCCUUCCCCUGACUCUCCCCCCUGUACCUGUCCCAACCAGAGCACUGUGUGUGGACGCCUGUGUGCCACUGAACAACGCUUACCGUCUGUCCUCACCCAUCUACCUCGGGCCUCUCCCCAACCUCCAGCACCAGCCCAAGUUCCACAACGUUCAGAGGUUUGGCUCGAAGGUUCCCGGCAGGUUCGAGCCCGGUCCGGUUCCCGCGGUUCCUCACGCCAACCUCGUCCCACAGCACAACCGCAACACGUGGCACAGAGGAGGAGGCAAACGGCGCCCUCCAACCUCAGCAGAUAGAACCGCCACGGGUCAAAGGUAGCACUUCCUUUCUACGCACAGGCCACGCCGUGGCGCCGCGCCGUCUCCGACUGCCCCCUUUUUCUUUUCUUUUUAAAUGUACUUUUCUUUAUUCACUUACAUUUUUUUAAUUCUUUUAAAAUUCUUCCUUGUUUGUGCCAAACACUAAAUGUUCUCACUGCAGCCAAGCUGUAUUUGGAAUUUAGUAAAACUCGUGCAAUAUGAGUUUCUUUUUUUUUUCUUUUUUUAAUAUAUAUAUAUAUAAUUUGCUUUUAUUUUCAGUUCCUUUUUUUUAAUUUAAAUUUUUACUACAACUCUUUGAUGUUUACAUUUUUUGUGUCGUCGUCAUGAAUGUAAGGCCUGGUGUGUGACGUUACAUCCCUGUCUUUACUACACUAUGCCCUGAUCACGUCCAAAUCUAAAGUUUGUGUCACUUUUUGUCGGUUAGUUUUUUUUAACUAUUGCACUCAAUGGCUUCCCAGAUUGCUGUAGUUCAGCGUCAGUACCAGCAGGUGGAGCCACCGAGAUUAACGCUCUCUUUCUCCGUGCCAAAUCCUGGGCUGAAAAAAGUGUUCCUUAUGUCACAAUAGCCUGUAUUUUAUUAUUAUUAUUUUUUUUUUUCUGCCCAAAAUUUUUUGCGUCUCUGACAUGUUUAGCCUUUUGGCUUUCCAAAAUAAAUGUUGUGCUCAAACGCCACCACUAGGUGGCCCCAAUAAUUUUUUCGCUCGAUCACGAUCUCUUUUUAUAUGAUCACUUAAGAUUUCGUCACAUCAGUAAACGUUGUUUAAACUCGGUCAUAAGCCAGAUUUUCUCACCAGCAGGUGGCGCCAAAGAUCUGUGCCAUACAAUUCCCAAUUUUUACUUUUGCGCAUCCUGCCGAGAAAAGUGUGCGAUUCUACCGAACAAGUGCCCCAGGAUGAAGCCCUUCAGAACCACUAGGCCCAGAAUCAUGCAGUGUUUCCUUUGCUGUUCUAUGCAAAUUUUUAGGCGUCGAUUGGCUGUUAGACCGUCGCACUCUUGCUCCGUCGCUGAAAUCGUAAUCGGGCCUGAUGUUCAGCCAAAUCAUGUGAUCACUUUCUUUUUUUUUCUUCUUGUUCUUCCUCCUUUCUUUUAAAGUUCAAUAAAAUGUCACGUCGUCCUGA